AUGCUGCCCAUUGCGAAGAAUGCCCUGAAGCGCGCCAAAACUCUGCGGCACCCGAAUUUUUUGAAAUUGCUGGACAGUUUCGAGACCGAGGUGUCCAUCACCAUGGUAACCGAGUACUCCGUACCGCUUGCAGAGCACAUUUUAACACAGCAGCCGGGUGCAACUGCCAAAGCACACGCUCAGACAAAUGCGGACAGCACCAGCGACCAAGAACCCGACCCCACACUUACAAUGACUCCCAAGCAGAUGCAGAUAGAGUGCCAAUGGGGGCUGCACCAGAUUCUGAAAGCCUUGGUAUUUCUAAACAAUGAUGCCAAAACG